AUGUUUCAACAUAGACAUUAUUAUCUCUUAGUUCUGUUGAUUGCAGCUGUGUUACCAUCUUGUUUCGCGCAUUACGCACUUGGAGCAUCGUGGAAAGUCGCCAUUUUUCGUGUAACGAUUUACAGAUACAUUAUUUCAGUUAAUUUGGUGUGGUGUAUCAAUUCUUUAGCACAUUCAUACGGAAAUAAACCAUAUGAUAAGAAUAUAGGACCAGUCGAACAAGGAUUCAUGCGUGUGGUUGCCUACGGUGAAGGGUUUCACAACUAUCAUCAUACAUUCCCACAGGAUUACAAAACCGGGGAAUUUCACAACGACACACGCUGGGUCACCGACAGGAAAACUAUUUCAAAGAAUAUCAUCGAUGCAAAAUGCCUACGUUCAGGAGAAAAUAAUCGAGAAAUUCCUACAACAAAAAACCGUAAAAUUAUUAAAAACAUUAAAUAUUUAGUUUUAAACAUAAUAUUCUUGUCUAUUAUAUAA